AUGCUCUUUGGUGCACCUUCUCACCGUGUCGAAAGUCAGUUGAAUGCACUUGCAGGUGUUUUGCACGUUGACGCACAAUUUAUUCACUUCCCAGGAAUUGUGAUUGCAAGCUUUGGGGAGAGCGAGACCAACCUCUCUCAAACCCACUUUGUCAAGUCCAAAACAGAGAUUGCACUCGGUCGAUUGAACGAGCUGCAUGCUUUGUACAAAGAAGUCAUGAGUGACAAGAUUCCAAUCUCUGAUGCAUCUGUGCUCUUGGAUGAAAUGUUUUCCAAGCCUCCUGAAUGGUCAAAUCUCUCACGAAUUCUGUUCAGCAUCAUCAAGUGCGGUAUGAUGGCGCCCAUCAAUUUUGGUGGAUCAUUUGUGGACAUUUGGAUUUCAGCGUUGUUUGGUGGCUUGUUGACAUUCAGUCAACUUUGCUUGGCAGGAAACAAUCAAAUGUUCUCCAACGUGUUUGAUAUUGCUGUUGCAAUCCUUUUCAGCUUUGUUUCUCGUGCUUUGAGCGUCAAGAGCGUGUUCUGUUAUGAAGCAAUAGCAAGUAGUGGAUUGAUUGGACUUUUGCCAGGAUAUGCUGUUUUGUGUGCUUCACUCGAGCUUGCAUCCAAGAACAUGAUGACAGGUUCAGUUCGUAUGGUGUAUGCCGUGAUCUACUCGCUUUUCUUAGGGUUCGCAAUCUCGAUCGGAUCUGAUCUUGCCAGUUCGAUCGGAUGUUAUCGUGAACCUGAAUGGCCAUGGUGGCGUCAAUCUGUGCCACCUGUGUCCAAAGCAGCCACUGUGCCAAUUUUCUCAUUCUUGUCGUGCUUGGGUCACCUUUUACCAUUGAAGACAAAAGAGGUCCCCGUAAGUGUUUUCAUUGCAUGCGUCGGAUAUGCUGCCAACAUGCUUGCAAACCGUUACAUCUUUGAUCGCAGUGAUGUAGUUUCGGCUAUCGGAAGUUUCGUGAUUGGUAUUUUGGGAAAUGCCUACUCACGUAUUUACAACGCAACCGCUUUUACUGCCAUCACAGUUGCCGUCAAUUUCUUGGUGCCAAGUGGAAUGGCAAUGGCUGGUGGUCUAGCGAUGACUUAUCAAGGCUCGGACGGUGAUCUUUACACGAACGGGUUAAGUUUGGGUUUCCGUAUGGUGCAAGUUUCCAUUGGUAUUACAACUGGAUUGUUUGUCAGUGCGAUCUUGGUCCAUAUGCUGGGUAAUAAACGUUCGAAUGCGGUCUUGUUUGCGUUUUAGAUGGGAUCUGAUGGAUUAAUGUACUCUUACCUUUUUAUUUUUAAUAGAAUGCUCCUUUAAUGCAAACAUUCGCAUGGCUGAU